UAAAUAUGUUGGGAAUCUUUCUGCUACUGUGUCUUCUCCCAGGAUAUUUGGAAAGUGCUCGUAUCCUGGCUUUGUUUCCUAUACCGAGUCCUUCGCAUUACUUUUUUGCCUUACCCUACCUGAAAAGAUUGGCCUCUCUGGGCCAUGAAAUAACCACCGUAAAUCCGUUUGCCAUGAAAGAGCCAAUAAAAAAUAUACACGACGUUCCUAUUCCGGAGGUGUUUGAAAAUAUUGAUGAGGUCCUUAGAUAUGCAUCCUCUUCCAGGAGCGCCUGGCAACAUAGUGAUUUUACCAACGAAUACGUUCUGAACCUCACAAACAUUGUGCUAAAUAACGAGGUAGUGCGUCGCGAGGUUCUCGGCCCAAAAAGGUCCCAUUUUGAUCUUGUGAUAAUGGAUCUUUGGAGGAUGGACGUGCUCUGUGGUCUGGCGGCCCAUUUAGGGGCCCCGAUAAUUGGAAUGGCCCCGUAUGGCACAGACUGGAAGAUUGACGAACUAGUGGGCAAUGUCUCACCGAUGUCGUACCUCCAAUCUCCCUCUUCUGAGCUUCACGAUUUGGAGACAUAUGGGGGACGAUUGGCACAUUUUGUUGAACGAGCUAUUUCCUGGAUCAACUUUAAAUGGUGGCAUGCGGAAAAACAGGAGGCGCUCUAUAGAAAGUACUUUCCUAGUACAGCUAGAGAUAAGCCCCUAUCUGAGAUCUCCAAAAACUUUGCCUUGGUCCUGGUUAACCAGCACUUUACACUGGCUCAUCCGCGUCCCUAUGUUCCAAAUAUUAUCGAGGUGGGUGGACUUCAUGUCGAACAGAAUCCCAAGGCCUUGCCCGCGGCGCUGGAGGACUUUGUCCAGGGUGCUGGUGAGUCUGGAGUAAUCUACUUCUCUCUCGGAACCAACGUCAAAAGUAAAUCCCUGUCCGAGGAUCGUCGAAGAGUGUUGCUCGAAACUUUUGGAAGUUUACCACAGAGAAUCCUAUGGAAGUUCGAGGAUGAUCAGUUGCCAGGAAAACCUCCGAAUGUUUUGAUUAGCAAAUGGUUCCCUCAGCAGGACAUUCUGGCCCAUCCCAAUGUUAAACUCUUUAUAACCCACGGAGGAUUAUUGAGCACUGUGGAGAGCAUCUAUCAUGGAAAGCCCAUGUUGGGCCUGCCCUGCUUCUUUGACCAGUUCCGCAAUAUGGAACAUGUUCAACGAUCUGGUCUGGGUUUGGUUCUCAACUUGAAGGAAAUGACAAGGGAAGAUUUCAACUCGACCAUUAUUCGACUUAUAACGGACAGGAGCUUCGAAGAAAUGGCACAGACUACGGCAACCAGACAUCGGGAUCAACCCAUGAAGCCUAUGGAAACGGCAAUUUGGUGGACCCACUAUAUCCUUCGGCACAAGGGAGCUGCGCACAUGCGAGUGGCCGGCAGGGAUUUGGACUUCAUAGUAUACCACAGCCUGGAUGUCUUGGGCACAUUUUUAGUGGCCUUUUUAGUUGUCCUAGCAGUUUUCGCUUUAUGUGUGGUUAAAACCUGGAACAGAUGCCUUUCAAUUGAAAGCAAAAAAAAUAAGCAAAAGAAAAAAGUUCAAUGA